AUGUCGUCAUUUUCUGUCCCCGCUGUUCGCAAUGCUACUGGUGUCUCUGCUGAGAAUAGCGUAACGGCAAUCAUCAUGCGCAAUCGAGCGAUUCUCUACGAGAGCAACAAUCCCACCAGUGCUUUCAAUCCUUCGAUCUUGAAUUUACUCAAUACCAUGCCCAACGAUGAAGCUUCCGAGUCCAGAUUAUUUGCCCGCGCAUCCGAGAAGAGACAAUCCCACAUCGACACAACCAUUCUCCUCGAUGGCGCAUCCGAUGGCGCAUCCGACAUCCGUCAACAGUCUGUCGAAAAAUCCUCAGAAGACUCAAGCGCCCAGAAUGAAACCGUCGAUGAAAAAUCCACUACUGCUUCUUUCUUCCGCUGUUGCCAGUGUCAGCAUACAUCUCACUCGCCAACUUGUGGCAGAGAAGAACAGAAAAUCGGCGUCGUUCAGGGAAAAGAGCAGAAAAUUCUCAUAGUCAAUAGCGAAUGCGAACAUGAGAAGUGCUCUCGAUGCGUCAAUGUUGAUGAGAAUGGUGUGCGUGUUGGUGUAAAGCCGUGGGAGUUGGGAUGGACAGGUCCUGCUGUUCCCACACAGCCCUAG